AUGGACAAUAGUGGUGACCUGCCUCUUUCCACUCAUUCAACAGGUGCCCAGAGUAAAACCAUUGGGGCUUGUGGCUGGUUCCUGGUUUUCCUUUCUUUCCUGUUGAUGGUCAUCACUUUUCCCUUCUCCAUAUGGAUGUGUCUAAAGAUUAUUAAGGAAUAUGAACGGGCUGUUGUAUUCCGACUUGGAAGGAUCCAAGCAAAAAAAGCAAAAGGACCAGGUCUUAUCCUGAUACUACCGUGUGUAGAUGUUUAUGUCAAAGUUGAUCUCCGAACUGUCACCUGCAACAUCCCCCCACAAGAGAUCCUCACUAGAGAUUCUGUAACUACACAAGUGGAUGGAGUGGUCUAUUACCGAAUCCACAGUGCUGUUUCCGCUGUGGCUAAUGUCACUGAUGUUCACCAAGCCACCUUCCUACUGGCACAGACCACUUUGAGGAAUGUCUUAGGGACACAAACUUUGUCUCAAAUCUUAUCUGGCAGAGAAGUUAUUGCUCAUAACAUCCAGACAAUACUUGAUGAUGCUACUGAGCUGUGGGGCAUUCAGGUGGCCCGAGUGGAGAUCAAAGAUGUCCGGAUUCCUUUGCAGUUACAAAGGUCCAUGGCAGCAGAAGCUGAGGCCACCCGAGAGGCUAGAGCCAAGGUACUGGCUGCAGAAGGAGAGAUGAAUGCUUCUAAAUCAUUGAAGUCAGCGUCCAUGGUACUGUCUGAAUCUCCUGUAGCUCUUCAGCUUCGCUAUCUGCAAACUUUAGCUACUGUGGCCACAGAAAAGAAUUCCACCAUUGUCUUCCCUCUGCCCAUGAAUAUCCUAGAAGGCAUAGGUACCAUUACCCCUAAUAAUAAUAAGAAAAAAAUAGAGCUACAAUGA